AUGUUUCCUCUACCAGCGUAUGGCGAACAUUACGCGAACAACAAUUGUAUCCAUUUCAUGUCUCGAUUAGGCAAGAAUUGUUACCACAAGCUCCGAAAUUUCUCCCAGUGUUUAAAUCGACAAUGCACACGAGAUCCUAACUUCCUGAACUGCACUUUGGUUACUGGUGAAUCUUGCUUUACAAGAAACGAGAUUCUUAAUUUUCGAAAUACCCAUACAUGGGCUGAAGAAAACCCUCAUACAAUUGCUGUUGUGCAUUACCAACAUACAUUUUCUUUAAAUGUCUGGUGUGAUCUAAGCGACAACAUCAUGGGGCCCUUCUUUUUGCCACCUAGGCUGUCAGCCUUACGGUUUCCUGUAAGACAGGUGUCGUCGAUAAACCGAGUACUGAGAAACCUUGCGGCGCAGAAGGAGCAGCAGCAGGCGGCCAACGCGGCAGCACAACCCGAGUCGGUCUACGACAAGCUGAGGAUGUUCAACGGGCAGGCUGCGGCGGCGGGGUGGGCCUGGUACCCGGCCGCCGCCCCCGGGCCCCACCUUCCCCUCGCCCAACCGCCCCCCAUCCACCUCGCCCCUGACAAGGCUGACUUUAAAAAGAUAUUGGCACUAGGAACUAGGAAAGGUCCGAUUUUGAUGAAAGUUAUAUUAUACACAAAACAGGGCUGGCCAACAGAAGUGGACCCGGAGUUCCAACCUUUUUCAUCAAGUAGGGAAGAAUUAUUUGUGGAGAAGGAUAUUCUGUUGUGGGGUUACAGAGUGGUAGUUCCUGAACUUUUAAGGCAACAAGUUUUGGAGGAGUUGCAUGCUUCACAUUUGGGGGUUGUGAAAUUAAAAUCAUUAGCCCGUUCAUACGCAAUCUCUUGCCACCUUGAAAGCCAACAAACAGAUGGAAUAGAUAAAAACAAUAUAGAUGCUGCAGAGCUUAAUACUAAUGCAGCAGACUAUGAAGCAAUAGCUGCAGAUAAGCAGAAGUGGAGGAGGCCUCAAGAUGUGCAAGGUCUCAGAUGCCAAGAGGCAAAAAAAAAAGAAAACAUUAAUAGAACCCAAAAGCAGCACAUCUUUCCUCAACAAUGUAAAUAUGCCCCAAGAGCUAGGGAAAUGGUUGACUUAAAGCGGCUUGAGCGGAUGGCGAGGAAGCUAGGACCCUUAGGUUCGGGAGGGAUUGAUGAACCGCGACGGAAGAAGCAACGGCCCGCGGUGCCGCCAGCAAUGGCAAUAGCGGGCCGGUGGAGACCUCGAGAGCUGGGCCCUCACAGCAAUUCCUUCCUUUCUCUUCUCCACCCUUCUCCCUUAGUCCUUAGCCCUCUAAGGAUCCCAUCAUUUACCACUUCCGUUCAGGCUCAAUCUAACUUAUUACUAUCAACAUUUGCAUACUGCCAUGGGCGGGGUCCAAUGGUCCAAUCUUGGGAGCGUCCAGUUGGACCGUUGAACCGUGAACAGGUCGCCCACCCUUAUUAUUUCCUUCUCUCCUCUUCCUCAUACAAAACAAUAUCUCUCUCCUUUCCGCCUCUUUCUCUCCAGGUUUAG